AUGGAUACAGAGGAGAUUGCUGUGAAGAGGAGAGGACAGAAGAAGAGGAGACACAUUUCUGACUCAUCGGCUGAUGAGCAGAAGAAGAUGGAGGAAGAAGAGAAGAAUAUCAUCAGGAGGAAAGGAGGGAAGAAGCAACGGACCAUCCGGACCUCAGCUGAUGAAGACAAGGAGACACCCAAGAGGAGCAAGAAGAGGAAGAAGAGGAUAACAUCCAGCUCCUCUGAGAAGAUGUCUCCUAAUCAACCCAUGAUUCCAGUGGAUGAAGAUGUGACUAAACAGCCAAAAUGCGGUAAGAAGAGAAAACUCAUCCUCAUCUCUUCAAAAGAUGGAAAGAAGUCACGGAUCAAGAAAGAAGAUGAUGUCCUGAAGAAAGAAGACCAGCAGGAGGACCAGGGAGUCUCAGUCGAGGACAGCGGUGUUCGGCCAACCUGCUCUAGAAGCACAAUCUCUGAUACCAUCAGGAAGAGAUUAAUUUUCCAUCAUGUGCUCGGGAAGGGAAGUUAUGGUAAGGUCGUCUUGGCGGAGGAUACUUCUAACCAUCAGAAGUAUGCUGUUAAGAUCAUCAGCAAGAGAGCCCUGCUUGCCGACUGCGAUGAGGCGGAUGUGUUGGUGGAGCACCGAGUCUUACAGCUGGCAUCUGGGAGCCCCUUCCUUGUCCACGCGGACUUUGCAUUCCAGACCAAGAUGCUUGUUCUACUUGGUCUGGAAUACAUGAGCUGCGGGGACUUUGAUCAGUUCCUACGGGUGAAGGGGCGGCUUGACAUCCCCAGUGCAAGAUUCUAUGCCGCUGAGCUCGUGUGUGGCAUCCAAUAUCUCCAUUCUAAGGGCAUCAUCCACAGAGACCUCAAGCCCGAGAACAUCCUGGUGGCUGAGACGGGCCAUAUUAAGAUCACGGAUUUCGGUCUCGCACUUGAGAACAUGCUUGGAGACCGCACAGCCACCGAAUAUGCUGGAACAGAAGGCUAUGUGGCUCCUGAGAUGCUGGAUAAGGAGGAGUAUGGUGUCGGAGUGGACUGGUAUUCAUUUGGUGUCAUCCUAAAUGAAAUGAUUACCAGUGAGUGUACGUACAAUCCUAAACUGUUCGACACAACACACUCCAUCGCUGAAGACAUCAUUAAAGAGCUCCUCCAGAAAGAUCCUGCCAAGCGCUUAGGAGUCCACGGUAACAUCCGAGGCCAUCAUUUCUUCCAGCAUAUUGACUGGGUCUCAGUGGAAGCCCUUCAGAUGCCACCACCACACAUCCCUGUACCAUCUAUACCUCAAGGUUGUUCCACACGAUUCAACCUGAACAAAAUGGAGGCAGCAGCGGCCAAGAAGCGACGACUGCCACUGAAACAUCAGGCCAUUUUCAGAGGGUUUUCAUUCGUCACCUGGUAA